AUGUUUAAUUAUUGUAAUAGAAAUGCUUCUAAUGUAUUUUCAAAUUAAAUGUUAGCAUGUAAAAUGUAGUUGUAUCAUUAGUUUCAUAUGGAGGAGCUGUUUCAUCUGCUGUAAUUGGAAGUUUAGGAACUUCUUGGUUAUUCAAGAAACUUAAUGCUCCAGCACUUCUUAUUAGAGUAAAUUUUAAUCUCAUUUUAUUAAAAGGCAUGUCCACUAUUUGGUGUUCUUAUAGCCAAUACAUUUAAUCUAUUCUUUGCAAGAUAUCCAGAUUUUUAAUAAGGAAUUUAAGUUUUUGAUGAUGAAACACAAGAACCAUUACCAGGAUUAUCUAAAGAAGCUGGUAAUAUUUAUUAAAUAUUAUUUUAAAGCUAAAAUUGCAUUCUUUAGAACUCUUGUGACUAGAUAUAUUUUACCAUUACCUAUGUUUAUUCCACCUAUUAUCAUUUAUUAUAUGAAAUAAGCUAGAUGUUAUCCUUAAGGUAGAGCAAUAGGUCUAGCACUUGAUUUAAGUAAUUUUUUAUAAAACAAUUAGGUUUAUCUGGAUUUUUCUUAUAUUGUGGUCUUUCUGUUGGAAUAGGAAUAUUCCCAUAAUAUUUAAAGGUUAAUCCAACAGAUUUAGAAUCAUAAUAUUAAAAUUUAACAAACAGCAAAGGAAAUAAGAUUAAAACAAUAGUUUUUAAUAAGGGAUUAUGA